GCCUCGGGACGCUCGCCCGCCACCCUCGGCCCGACGUCCCCUGCGCUGGCAGGAGCCGACUUCGCGGCGCUGCCACCGACGACGGCUGCGCCGGCGAGCCCGUCGGACGCCUCCGCCGCCUCGCAGCCGGGCACGCCGGCGCAGCCGGGCCCGGCGGAGCAGGCGCCGCGGGAGCCGGAGCAGCAGCCACGGCAGCCGGAGCUGAGGACGAAGCUCUGCAAGUACUUCAAGAAGCUGGGCUACUGCAACAACAAGGAGCUCUGCAACUUCGCCCACGGCGAGGCCGAGCUCGGCACGCCCAUGCCGCGGGCAGAGCAGGAGCGCAAG